AUGGCCACGGAGGCACGGAGCUGCAACUGCAGCACGACCAGCAAUGUUUCAGCGCCAGUGGAGGAGCCUACAGAUGGCUUGGUAGCACUUCGUGUGCUCAUAUCAGUAGUCUACUUGCUGGUUUGUAUGGCCGGGCUACUGGGAAACCUGUUAGUUCUCGUGCUUGUCAAAGUGCGUAGCUUCGGUGGUGGAGUGUAUGGCCAUCGCACCACCAUCAACGUGUUCAUCUUCAACCUGGCCAUUACCGACCUGGGCUUUGUGCUGAUGUUGCCCUUCUGGGCGGCAGACACCCUCUUGGACUUCAGCUGGCCUUUUGGUCAUGUGAUGUGCAAGCUGGUGCUGAGCGUAACGGUGAUGAACAUGUAUGCCAGCGUCUUCUUCCUCACCGCCAUGAGCGUCACGCGCUACCACUCUGUGGCAUCUGCGCUGCAGCCACGCCUCGAGCGACGGAGGCAUGGUUUGUCAGCGGGCUGGGCGGUGGCCGCGCUAUGGGCAGGGGCCACCAUGGCCACGGCCCCUGCUGCCAUUUUUUCAACUGUCCGGCAUGUCGCAGGAGACAGCUUGUGUCUGCUGGGUUUUCCAGAAGGCGGCAUCUGGCUUGCACUUUACCACAUGCAGAAGAUUCUAGUGGGCUUUGUGGUGCCUCUGGGGGUGGUCUGUGCGAGCUAUCUGUUGCUGCUACGCCUGCUACGCACGCACGGCAACACCAAGGGGCUUCGGCGGCACGCCCACGUCACUCGCGCUGUCGCUAUCAUUGUCUUGUCCUUCUUUCUCUGUUGGAUACCCAACCAGGCUGUGACCCUGUGGGGCGUCCUUGUAAAGCUAAACCUGCUGCAGUGGGACCGUGCAUACUAUGUGGUGCAUACGUACGUGCACCCUCUCAGUGUGUGCUUAGCGCACACCAAUAGCUGCCUCAACCCACUGCUCUACUGCCUACUGCGACAUGAUUUCAGAACACGCCUUAGGGACAUGUUCCGGAAGGUGCUGUCGCCUGCUGUGGUCCAACCACGUGCUCCGUCACCGCCCCAGGAUGCACACAGCGAUGGGAUUCCGCUUAACAACUUGGACAACACAGAAAAUUGCUAA